GUCACAGAGAAGGAAGAAAAGGAGAGGGUUUUCGGGUUACAGACAGAGAGAGAACUCCUUUGUUAAAGGAUAUAAAUCCUCUUUCCUCUUGUUUAUUGCGACGGCGAAGUGCAGCGGACUGUCGGAGAUUGUCGGAAUCGGUUCUUUCUCAGAUCUGAGAGGGAGAGCGGGGCGAGCGAGGGAGCCAGCCAGAGAGGAUGAGUGGGAAGGGCGGAGGUGGGAACAGUGGACUGGGUAAGGGCGGUAGUGGAAUCUCUGGGAUUCCAGCGGGGUGCAAGAAGGUGGUGCAGAGCUUGAAGGAGAUUGUGAACAACUAUUCCGAGCAGGAGAUCUACGCUACUCUUAAAGAGUGUAACAUGGACCCUAACGAGACCGUCAAUCGCCUCCUCGCCCAAGAUCCUUUUCAUGAGGUGAAGAGCAAGAAGGAAAAGAAAAAAGAGAAUAAAGAUACAGGGGAUUUCAGAUCUCGUGGUACGAAUAACACUAGUUACUCUACAAACCGUGGCAGUAGGGGCGGUGCAGACCGAUAUGUGGGGCGUGGGGGCUCAACACAAUAUGGUGCUAAUGAGUCUGCCCCUUCACAUGCUAAACCUGCAUCCAAGAGGGAAAAUGGUGUCCAUGCAUAUUCAGGAACUUCAUCAACUGCAUCUAGUGUGGCAGGAAAUAACUUAAGUCGGCCACCUCCAUCUCACAGUGAUUCUCUGGUCACUGAAAAUAAGAUGCCCACAGUUGGUCCAUGUCACGGGAUUUCUUCAUCUUCACCUUCACAGCCUUCUUCUGGGUAUCAAUGUGCAUGGUUGGGGGUCCCAGGUCAAGUAUCAAUGGCUGACAUCGUGAAGAUGGGUAGGCCACAGAACAAGGUUUCCACCAUGCCAAACCCACCUCACCUGAGUGGAAAUAAUUGGCACCCUGUGGCACCUCCUUCAACAGUGUUAUAUUCUCAUUUUCAUUCACCAGAAGAUCAUGCUUCCAAUUUUUCUGAGGUGAACAAUGAUCCAGAAAUCAUGACGAGCCAGGAUAUUACUUCAAAUGAUGAAUGGCCUCCAAUUGAGAACCCAUCUGCUGCUACUGUGUCUGCAAUCUUAGAGGCAUCUGUAGAUACUGAGCUUUAUGCAAAUGCAUCUAACAUGCCUCUGGAUAGAACUAAACAGCAUAUGAACUCUCAGAUAGAAGAAGCCGAGGCAGUGGACGAUGGUUCUGUUGAAACUCAGAAUGGAAACCAUGUUGGACCUCCUACUUCAAGUAGAAAUAUUCAAGAGGAUAACUCUGGUGGUUCAUCUCUUUUUGAUAAUAACUUGUAUGAUGAUAUGAACUCCUACCAACCUCGAAAGCAUGCUUUUGAGCAUAAUGAAGCUGAAGAUGGCAUUUCAUCAAUUGCCUCAAACUUGCAGCAACUUAAUUUACAGAAUGAUGGUAGUGGGGCACCACCUGAAGAGGAUAACCCUUCUGUAAUAAUCCCAAAUCACCUGCAAGUCCACACUGAAGACUGCUCUCAUUUGAGCUUUGGAAGUUUUGGAUCUGGCAUUGAUGCUGCUCUUUCUGGGCAAUUUACAUCAAGGCCCUCAAAGAAUAACUUGGAUGAGACACCUGAAGUCACUGAUGCCUCAUCCAUGGGGCACUUAGACAAUAGAAAUCCUGAGUAUUAUGGGGAUGAGCAUCUAAGAAAUACCACUGAGGGAAAUGUUGCUAAUAGAAAUAAUGCAAGUGCUGGUAGCUUUGAGACUUCUUCAGAUUCCAGACCAGAGAUUUUGAAUCAGGAAACUCCUGAAGCUGCAGAAGGGAACCAAUAUUCAUUUCCAUCAUCUGCAAAUGUGUAUGGUUAUGAAAACACACAGCAGUUAAAUCCUGCAUUCACUCACUCACAUACGACUUCUCAGAUGCAAAACCUUGGCCCUUUCUCCAAUGUCUUGCAAGCAUACACAAAUUCAUUACCAAGCACUUUGCUGGAACCAACUGUUCAAUCUUCGAGGGAGCCUGAUCUUCAUUACUCACCUUUCCCCGUAAAUCAGUCACCAGCCACAAAAUUCAGCAACACUGCUUCUUCCAUUAGUGGACCAAACAUUUCCAUGCCAGAGGCUUUGAGAACUGGAAUAAUAUCUACACCACAGCCAACUCAGCAGACCCUGCCUGCUUCUGGCAGUGCCACAGGAUCUGCUGUUCCACAGCACCUUGCCAUGCACCCCUAUUCCCAACCUACACUGCCGUUGGGACAUUUUGCAAACAUGAUUGGCUAUCCAUUCUUGACUCAGAGUUAUACAUAUAUGCCAUCAGCCUUCCAGCAAGCAUUUGCUGGCAAUAGCUCGUACCCUCAGUCUUUGGGAGCAGUGCUUCCCCAGUAUAAAAAUAGUGUCUCUGUAACCAGCUUGCCUCAAUCUGCAAUUGCAUCUGGUUAUGGAUUUGGGAGUUCAACAAAUGUUCCUGGAGGAAAUUUCCCUCUGAAUCCACCAACUGCACCUGCGGGAUCAACUGUUGGCUAUGAUGAUGUUUUGAGUUCUCAAUACAAGGACAAUAACCACUUGAUGUCACUUCAGCAGGCACAGAAUGAGAACUCGGCUAUGUGGGUUCAUGGACCCGGCUCAAGAACAAUGUCUGCUGUCCCAGGAAGCACAUAUUACAGCUUCCAGGGGCAGAACCAGCAGCCAGCUGGAUUUCGGCAAGGUCAGCAGCCCUCACAGCAUUUUGGAGGUCUUGGAUAUCCAAAUUUCUACCAUUCACAAACAGGAAUAUCAUUGGAUCACCAGCAGCAAAACCCUAGGGAUGUUUCCCUUAGUGGCUCCCAGGUCCAACCAUCAAAGCAGCCCCAACAGCUAUGGCAGAAUUACUAAUCUUGUCACCUUCUGGUUUUUCAGGGUAAUGUAGUGAGUUUAGAAGGGGUCAAUCAAAGGCCUUCUUUAGAUAUGAUAAUCGAAUGUAUCCUUGUUAGAGGUCUGAAGGGAUCUUGACUCACUCCUGCCCUGUGCCAUGAGGUUGUAUUCUACUUAUUUAUUUUCUGAUUUUGUUGACGGAGGAUGUAGGAACACUGGAACAGAGUGUGCUAAUUUGGGUUAGUGGUGAACACUUUCUUCUCUCUCCCUUGUUUGGUCUUCUUCACUUUUUUUUUUUCACAAAAAAGAAUUUAGUGAAAA